AUGGCUGAAAAGAUUCAUCCUGCUACAACUAUUACCAAUAUCAAAUUGGCUAUACCUUUAACCUUGGAUUAUGAAUCUGCCCAGUAUAACAAUUGGGCUACCUUAUUUACGAUUCAUACUCAAGCUACUCUUACUCAUGAUCAUAUCACUCCGAUCACGAGUUCGGUUACAAGAUCAGCUGAAGAACAAGCUCAAUGGGUUCGAAUUGACAAUAUUGUCAGACAAUGGAUUUAUGGCACGAUUUCUAAUGAUCUUCUUAAUACCAUAAUUAAUCCAACCGAUACUGCACUUGAUGCCUGGAAUCACCUAGCAGAUUUGUUUCAGGACAACAAGACUGCCCGAGUUAUUCAUCUUGAAACCAAGUUUGCAAACACCCAUCUACAAGAUUUUCCAGAUGCUAAGGCGCACACUCGUCGUCUUAAAGUGUUGGCUGACCAACUUGCUAAUGUUGGUGAAAAAGUGUAUGACCAAAGAAUGGUUUUGCGCCUUCUAACAGGUCUUACAGAUGUGUAUGAAGGUUUUGUUACAGUUGUACAAAACAAGGUUCCCCUGCCAACGUUUUCUCAAGCUCGUUUGAUGCUCCUUUUGGAGGAAACAACCAAAGCAGAACAUGCUAAAUCAGAGGCAACAUCUAAUUCUGCGAUGCUCAUGAAAGCUAACUUUACAUCUGAAUCCUUUGAGCAACCGAAAGUGACUGCUUCAUCUCAGUUUACUGGGCACAAGGGAAAACGACACCAAGGGAAGCAGAAAGGGGUUAAUUAUCAACGUGGAAAUCAGAAUCAUGGUGGCGGUAGAGGUCAGUCUCGAACCCAGCAACAACCAUCCUUUUCGCAGCAACAGUCAUAUAUGCAGCAGCCUGGUUGGAAUUUUUCCCCAUGGAAUGGCUGGUACUCUCCUCAGCCAUGGAUGGCACCACCGUGUCCUUAUCCCACAAAUUCCUGGGCACCAUGUCCACAACAAACAGCAAGGCAACAAGGAGUUUUGGGACCCCAUCCAACGCAGUAA